AUGCCAUUAGUCGACGUACCUGCAGCUAAUAUCGAUCCCGACGGUGUUUUCAAGUAUAUAUUAAUAAAGGUGACAGAAAAAGUUUCGAAGAAGGAGAAACUGAUUGUACGUGGUUAUGCUCGUUGCGCUUAUCACGGUGAUGUGCUAGAUGAAACAGAAAAGGAACUUGGAUCAGAUUAUGAACUGCUGUGUUUGGGUGGAGGUAGGAUAAAGCAUGAGUCAAAAAAUCACACCAUAUUGGUCUAUGGCUAUUCACAGGGUUAUGGUCCAGCAGAUCACCAGAAAAGCGUCGAUAUCUUGAAAGAGAAAUAUCCAAAUUACAAAAUCACCUUUUCUAACGAAGGAUAUUAA